AUAUUUGAAGCUUUAGAAAAAGGAAACCAUGAUUCAUAUAACAGCAACUCGUGUGAACUUAUACAAUAUUUUGAUAAGUUAGAUUCAUAUAUAGAAGAUGCUAACUUAAAAAGGUUUGAAUCUUCGGAGUUCAGUGACCUUAUAAAAAUUGGUCAUGGUGGAACUGCAGUCGUAUUCUCAGCAAAUUUCCAAGGCAAAAAGUACGCAUUAAAAAGUCUAAAUAUUCAUUUACUCGUGGACGAUAGAAAUUUCAAGGACAUUAAACGUGAGGAAAAAACUAUUGAGUUUAUAACAAAUGACAUUAAUAAUGACACGGAACAGUCACCUGCAAAUCCCAU